GGCCAAGACAACAGCGACUGUGUUCAGUCUGAGCUUUCACUGAGCAGAGUGUGCAACGAACAGGUAGACAGCAGGUGGAGCUCACGUUCAACAUACGUAGGACAGGCGUGGUCACGUGACACUAUAGACCAAUCAUAUGUAAAGCAUAUAGACACAAGAUGAACCGCUGUGGUCUGUUGACUUUGAAGAAGGAACCAGUCCCUCUGAAGAGCAUUGAGGUGGAGCUGGAGGUGAGGGACCAUGUGGCUACAGUGGUCUCCACUUUGAACUACCAGAACAAAGAGGACAAACCCAUCGAGGCGGUUUUUGUCUUCCCUCUGCCUGGAGAUGCCGCUGUCUGUCAUUUCAGUGCCAAGAUGGGACAGAAGGAGAUUGUGGCUGAGGUGAAGGAGAAACAGGAGGCUCGUGAGGAGUAUGAUGAUGCUUUGAGCUCCGGUCAGCAGGCUUUCCUGCUGGAGGAGAGUGAUCAGAGUCCAGAUGUUUUCUCAAUGAGGGUGGGCUGUCUGCCUCCAGGAGAGAGCGCCUCCAUCAGGCUGGAGUACGUCACUGAGCUGGCAGUGCAGGCUGAUGAGGGGCUGAGGUUUUGUCUGCCUGCUGUGCUCAACCCUCGAUACACACCUCAGGGUAGUGAAGCUCCAGCCGUCCAGGUGAACUCUGUUCCAGCCUCUCUGGUUCCUUACAGUCUGUCUUUUUCUGCUCGAGUGUCCUCUCCUCGUCCCAUCUCUAAAGUGGAGUCCAGCUGUUCCCUGAAUCCUCUCCAGUUCCUGAACACAGACCAAACCCAGGCCACGGUGAAGCUGGGUGCAGGACACAAGUUUGACAGAGAUGUUGAAGUGCUGAUAUAUUACAAAGAUGCCCACCAGCCCACUGCUGUGGUGGAAGCAGGACAGGCCUCUGCAAAACCUGGCACUCUGAUGGGUGAUCCAGUGGUGAUGGUGAGCCUGUUCCCUGAGUUUCCUCAGUCUGUCAUGUCUUCAGUGGCUUCCUGUGGAGAGUUUGUGUUACUCGUGGAUCGAUCUGGAAGUAUGGAGGACCCAAUGAACAACAAAGACAGAAAUCAGACUCGCAUAAGCAGUGCAAGGGAAACGCUGCUGCUGCUGUUGAAGAGUCUACCAAUGGGCUGCUAUUUCAACAUCUACAGUUUUGGAUCCAGCUAUGAGCACAUCUUCCCUAAAAGUGUGGAGUACAGUCAGCAGACCAUGGAGGAGGCCCUGAAGAUAGUUGGGACGAUGGAGGCAGAUCUGGGAGGAACAGAAAUUUUGGAGCCUCUCAAGCAUAUUUAUGAGCAGCCCUGCAUUCCCAGUCAGCCCAGACAACUGUUUGUCUUCACUGAUGGAGAGGUGGGAAACACCAAAGAAGUCAUUGAUCUGGUUAAGAAGAAUUCAGGCUCUCACAGGUGUUUCUCCUUCGGGAUCGGGGAAGGAGCCAGCUCUGCUCUCAUCAAUGGGUUGGCCAAAGAGGGAGGGGGUCACGCUCAGUUCAUCACAGGAAGUGACAGGAUGCAGCCAAAGGUGAUGCAGUCGCUGCGGUUCGCUCUGCAGCCAGCUGUGGUGGACAUUUCCAUCACAUGGGAUUUACCAAAGGACGUGUCUGUCACUGUCCUCUCUCCACCAAUCACAGCACUUUUCCAGGGUCAGCGGUCGCUGGUUUACGGCCAACUCAGUGGACAGAGCUCCGAGGCUGCAGAGGGCUGUGUGACGGUGAAGUACAGCCUGGCAGGUCAUCCCACUCAGAACCAGCUGCACUUCAGCCUGAAACCUGAAGAAGAUACUGGGUUAACAGUCCACAGGCUGGGAGCUCGGACUCUGAUUCGCUCUCUGGAGAUGGAGGGAAGAGAGAGCAGAGGGGAGCAGCACACAGGAGUGAAGGAGAAGGUGGUGGCUCUCAGCAUCCAAUCAGGAGUGAGCAGUUGUUUCACUGCCUUCAUUGCUGUCAACAAAGGUGAUGGCGAGGUGAUCCAAGGACCUUUGGUGCGUCGAAAUGUUCCAGCACCCAGAAUGAUGAUGAGAAAGGCCUGUUUCUCUGCACCAUCGAUGAACGCCAGCAUUGCAUGUUCUAAUUCCAUACCCAAGUAUGCGCCAAUGAUGGGUUGCUUUUCUGCAGAACGUAGAAUGUCGCAAGACGGCCUGGUCUGUCCUGGUCCCAGACCCCGGGCUGUGCCAAAGAGCUUUGGUGGUUCUGCAAGAAGUUUGAGGAAGUCUUGUGCUGAGAAAUCUAGUCUGAAAAAAAAAUCACCUGGUGCUGCAGACUCGACUCAACCUGAAGUGAAGCCGCCGCCCUGCGACCCUCUGCUGCAGCUGGUCUCCCUCCAGAAAGCUUCAGGUUUCUGGAUGCUGGAUUCAGCUCUGGCUGCUGCACUGGGAAAGACGAGCGAAGAGGUGAAAAAGUCCAAACCUGAACUGGUGAGCAGUGAAGUGUGGGCCACCAUUUUGGCUCUAAUCUGGCUUCAGGAGUUUCAGACCGAUGCAAAGGACGAGUGGCAGAUUCUGGCUGGAAAGGCUGUGUUGUGGCUUCAAGCUCAGAACGCUCCAAACGUGACAGAAUGUGUGGAUGCUGGAAAUGCUCUUCUGGGUUGCAGAGUGCAGAAAGAUGCUCUGGGACUCUGAGGCUUCAUUACAGUCUUCACUUCUUCAUUGAUGACAGAAUCACUUCUUAAAUAUUCUUUUCUGUUUAUAGCUCUGUUUCUGUGGGAAGUUUUUUUAAGAGGAAAAUUGCAAUUUCUUGUUGUUCUGUGUCUAUUAUCAAAAAUCAUCAAAUUUAACAUUAAGAAGCCAUUAAAAUGACAGUGUUUGACAGUGUUGAAAGAUAAAUACAGGUUUUGUAAACAAAGUGUAAUUGUGUUAGUUGAAAUAAAGUGCAAUAGUAACAUGAUGUGCACUAGUUGGCCUUUAUAAAGGCUCUUGACUUUAGAAACAAACACUGAUUAGUCAAAACUUGCUCUUUCUAGCAUCAACAAUUUUUAUUCAGUCUGAAAUCUCAUUUUUGCCUGUAAUCAAAUGAAAGUUGAAUAUUUAAAUAGAUUUUGUGUAGUUGACUUCAUGUAUUUUCUCUGGGCUGCAGAAAAAGCUUUUUUAGUCCAUUUCUACAUGUAAACUGCCUUCAUGACCACAGUGCCACAAGCUGAGGAGCUCUUUGUUUUAUCUGGGAUGUUUUAACUAAGAAAGUUUAUCACACAAGUCACACUGGUUUUUGAACUAAAAUGAGGUUUCUACAAGUAAAUGACCAAAAACUAAAAGUCAUCAAUGAAGGCAGAAACAAUUGAAUUUAUUUAUAUAGCACCAAAUACAACACGUUUAUUUUAAAGCUCAUUUCCUGGGUUGGAUGAAGCAGAAGUGACUGUGAAAAGGAAGAACUCCCUUUAAAAGGCAGAAACCUUUCUUCCUGCUGUUCUGGUUGUUCUGAGGUGACAAACAGGAAAAGAGGAAGGACAGACAGGUUGUGGGGAGGGAUCCAAAUGAUAGUUGAAAGCAACACAGCCUUUCUACAGACACAUGAAUGUUUUCCCUUUGACGGAAACAUAGAGAAGGUUUAAAGUUCAAAACUCUGAGAAUCUGGGAUUCAGUGACUGUGGUUAGAGGGUGCUGGAAGAGCUGAUAUGUUAAUUUGUUCUUUUUUGGCCCUGAAUUUUGCCCGACCUCUGACUAUGUGUGCAUAUUAUUUGUCCUACCCCAGUUUUUUUUUUUUUUUUUUUUUGUUCUCUUUAUAUCUGUGCCUUUUUCUCAAGUUUUCUUCAAUAAAUACUGUAAAAUAUGAUUGAAUAAAAAUAACGUUAAAACUUGGAAUGUGCGAGUACCGAUACCAGGUGUCUGUAUCGGACCGACACUGGCCUUAUUUCAAAGUGUCGAGUACUCGA